AUGGCAAUUCUAAGAUCAGUAGUUGUAGCAGUUUUAAGCGUUGCAGUGCUGCUAAUUUCGCCGUCUUCUGCAGCAUCAUCAGCUGUGACAUAUGUGUUCGGGGACUCGCUGACAGAAGUGGGAAACAACAACUUUCUGCAAUCCCUCGCAAAAUCAAACUUCCCUUUCUAUGGAAUUGACUAUAAGGGAGGAGUGGCUACUGGGAGAUUCACCAAUGGAAGGACUAUUGGUGACAUAAUAUCUGAAAAGCUUGGGAUUCCAUCGCCCCCGCCAUACUUAUCGUUGGGGCCGAACGACGAGGCACAUUUGAAGGGAGUGAACUAUGCAUCUGGUGGAGCUGGGAUACUCAAUGAUACUGGACUUUAUUUUAUUCAGAGAUUGACAUUCGACGAUCAGAUAAAGUACUUCGAGAAAACUAAGGAAGUGAUCAAGGCAAAACUGGGAAAUGAGUCUGCAGAAAAGCAUUGCAAUGAAGCACUUUACUUCAUAGGACUUGGCAGCAACGACUAUGUAAACAACUUCUUGCAGCCGUUUCUAGCAGACGGGCAGCAAUACAGUCACGACGAGUUUGUGGAGCUUUUGAUGACAACCUUAGACCAACAGCUCACUAGGCUUCAUGAACUUGGAGCGAGGAAAAUAAUAUUCCAUGGUUUGGGGCCGCUGGGGUGCAUUCCAUCCCAGAGGGUGAAAUCAAAGAACAGAGAGUGUUUGAAGCAAGUGAAUCUGUGGGUUCAGCACUUCAACUCCAGAGUUGAAGGUCUUUUGGGCGAUCUGAAUAAGCGUCUCCCACAUGCACAAAUGAUGUUUGCAGACACUUAUAAAGACGUGUUGGAUCUAAUCGAGAACCCCUCCACCUAUGGGUUUAAGAUAUCGAAUACGUCGUGUUGCAAUGUGGACACGAGUGUGGGAGGGCUAUGUCUGCCGAACUCAAGGCUGUGCAAGAAUAGAACAGAAUAUGUGUUCUGGGAUGCGUUUCAUCCUUCAGAUGCUGCAAACGCCGUGCUGGCGGCCAAGAUAUUUGCCUCCCUUCACAGUGGUGACGCCAAUGCUCCUUCCCCGGCCGCAGCUCCGGCGCCGGCGCCUUCUGCUCGCCACCGUCGACUGCUUAAGGUUACAUGACCGGUGGGUGGAAUAAGUGUUCAGGAAUAUAAUAAUGUAAACUCAAAGAAACAAGGGAGGUGUGAUUUUUGCAUUUAAUUUGUUAAAGGAAGGAAACUUAGAUGGAUUUAUCUGUUUUUCUUCUCGAUACAUACGAUGAUGUUUACCUGAUUAUGAAUGUGAUUUCUAUUGACCUAAA